GCCACGCCUCGCCGGUUCCGGCAGGGGAAAGGUCCUGCAGACGGACGUUUCGGGUCGCCCCUGCCAAGGAAUAGAAAAAAGCGUUCCGGGCGGCGCCUACGCGCCACAGUUCCGGGAGGGGCGAGGAGCGAGGGUCAGUCGUCGUCGUCCGGUGCGUGCAGUGUCCGCUUCCGGAGUCCUGCCAUGUGCGCGGUGCUCCGCCAACCCAAGAGCGUCAAGUUGCGAGCCCUACACAGCGAGUGCAAGUUUGGCGUGGCGGCCCGGAGCUGCCAGGAGCUGCUGCACAAGGGCUGCGUCCGCUUCCAGCUCCCGGUGUCCGGCUCCCGGCUGUGCUUGUACGAAGAUGGCACGGAGGUGACUGAUGACUAUUUCCCUGGGCUUCCCAACGACGCCGAACUCCUGCUGCUCACUGCUGGCCAGACCUGGCAGGGCUAUGUGAGUGACAUCACCCGCUUCCUCAGUGUGGUUAAUGAGCCACAUGCUGGGGUCAUCAGGGCUGCGCGGCAACUGCUAUCAGAUGAGCGGGCCCCACUGAGGCAGAAACUGCUGGCUGACCUUCUGCAUCAUGUCAACCAGAACAUCACUGCUGAGACCCGGGAGCAGGACCCGUCCUGGUUUGAAGCUUGGCUCCUGAGCCAUGCGGGACACAAACCAAGAUGUCAUGGUCUGCUUGUGGAUCCCAGAGUCAUCUUUCUUGUAGGUUUGGAGUCUCGAUUCAGGAAUAAGUCUGGCUACCUGAGAUAUAGCUGUGAGAGCAGGAUCCGGGGCUACCUGAGAGAGGUGAGUGCUCACACCUCUUCAGUGGAUGCAGCGGCUCGAGAAGAAUUCGAGCGGGUCCUCAGCUCCAUGUGCCAGAAACUCAAAUCCCAGAAGUACAACGGCAGCUACUUCGACCGAGGUGCAAAGGCCAGAGACCGGCUCUGUACUCCAGAAGGCUGGUUCUCCUGCCAGGGCCCCUUUGACCUGGAGAGCUGUCUUUCCAAACACUCCAUCAACCCCUAUGGCAACAGGGAGAGCCGGAUCCUCUUCAGCACCUGGAACCUGGAUCAUAUACUGUCCUGCAUGGGGCCCUCGCCCCAGUGUCUGGAUAAGAGUGACUGCCCAGCAUGAGUAAGUGUGACUGGAUUCGUCUCAUUUGCUGUUUGCUGUACCUGUUGGCCUGGUCUCACUGUGCACCCUGGACCCGCCUGUCACUGUUGGAGGGCUGUUUUGAGUGCUGUCCCGCCUGGCUGUAAGCCUGCACGGAUGCUUGUUUUCAUCUCAGUCCCUACUUAUGCCAUCCACUUCUCUGCUCACUGCCUCCUGCAUCUCCCUGCUCCUGCUAGGGGUUGGCUAUGAGUGACCCUCAUGCUUCUUAAGGAGGGCCUGGGGGUGAACUCCCUCCUAGAACAUCUGAGCGAGUACAGGGCGACUGUCUCACACUGGGUCUGGGAUCACAGGCAUCUCCGUCCCUUCUGCACUCCCUGGAGGAAGGCUGAUCACAUUGAUCCCUGGCGCCUGCUCAUGGGAGCUGCUGCCAGUCAGCAUUCUGCCUUUUCAGUGAAGACUGGUUCGUCCCCCUUACCUGAAAGGGAUACACACUGAAGACUGGCUCGUCCCCCUUACCUGAAAGGGGUACGCAUCCAGAGACAUCUCUUUCUCUUUGCUUCGGCUGUGAUUUGUCCUCCAUUCUGGAGAGUACUGAUUCUCCUCUGCAGUCCCUUGGAUUCCUAUGGGCAUUCUGGGAACUCCUUGCCACCUACCCACCCACUUUAUGCUGACUCUGCUUGCCUGCUCUGGCUCAGUGCUGUUGUUUUGGGGUAACUUCCUGCUGUGGAAUCAGUUGCGCACCCCCCCCCCCACCUGUACAUUGAAACUGUCACCCAAUGAGGCCGCAUCUGGAGAUUGGUCCUUUGGGAAACAGUUCAGGUGAAUUGGUGUCUUAGGGAGGAGAGUGAUUCAACAAGAACAGAUAUGCUUGUGCGUGGGAGAGCGUGUUCAUGGUGUCACUGUCGUGUGAGGACAAGCCAGCAAGUUGGCCCUGGUCAAACCAGACUGUGCAGCGGCUUAGACGUCUAGCUUCAGAGCUGUGGGACGGUAGAUGUGGGGGAGGUGGCUUGCUUUCCGCUCUGCUGUUCUUGGGACUGUGUUUGGAUCUGAGUUUCUUUGGUGACCAUUUUUUUGUCGCUGGCUUGUCAGAGUGUCUCUGCAGAGUAGUCUGCACUUCUUCCCUGUAGGCGUCUCAGUUUCAGUAGCUCUGAAGCAACAUAACAUUCUUUUUGCUUGCCACUUCUGUGUCACAUUGGUCAUACAACAACUUGGGUCACAUGCUAUGGGAGACACAGGAUUGGGGAGGGUGGUUCUCUGGGCACCUGUGUAAACGGGAGUCACUAUGGGCCAAGAAGCACUCCCAUGUGGGGCUCGGCUUUGUUGAGUGGCCAUGUGAGCGGCCUGGCCUUGCAUUCUUUCUAGUAUGUUAAGCAGUACCCUCAAUUCAAGUUUGCAAAGUAAGACAAUGGCAUCGCUUGCCCUGAACUCUGCUAUGCUGACCAUGCCCACCCGCGGCCCAUGUCAGUGUUGGGCCAGUGCCACCAGUCUGUGAAGCAUGGUGUUGGGCUUGUCUGGUGAUUUAUCCACAAGUCCCAUCCAUUCCACUGCCUCUGCCCUUCUGGGAUAUUCCCAGCUUAGGUUCCUUAAGAAUCUUCAAGAUCCUCACACCUGCUACACCUGUUAGCAGGUGUCUUAGGGUUUCUACUGCUGCUGUAAAGCACCAACCAAAUGCAGCGUGGGGAGGAAAGGGUUUAUUUCAUCUGAAAAUGUACAGUUUAUCAUGAAGGGGUCAGGACAGUCACUCAUGGCAGGAACUGAUGCGGAGCCCACAGAGGGCUGCUGUUUACUGGCUUCUUCAGCCUGCUUUCUUACACAAUCCAGGACCACCGGCCUAGGGGUAGCACUGCCCGCUAUGAGCUGGGCCCUCCCACACCAAUCAUUAACCAAGAAAAUGCCUCACAGCCUUUAUACACACCAGUCUGAUGCAGGUGUUCCCUCAAUCGAGGGCCCCUUUUCCUAUAUGACUCCAGCUUGUGUCAAGUUGACCAAAAUCUAAGCAGCACAGCAGGGGUAUUUGCUAUGGUAGACUGUGCUAUGAGAGUCUGUGGCUGAUGGGAAGUGCACAGCACCCUGCGGUGCGUGGCACUGAUAGCAGAUGGGCUGUCUUCCCUGACUUGGCAGAAUAGAGAAGAAGCGCACCGUGGUGCCCACGCUGGCGGAAGCAGUCCAGGAUGGGAGGGAGGUGAACUGGGAGUACUUCUACAGCCUGCUCUUCACGGCCGAGAACCUGAAGCUAGUGCACAUCGCCUGCCACAAGAAG